AAUCAGGUUGUCCAGUCCUUAUAGAUUGGGGAUUUUCUAUUACAAAUAAAGAAAAGGUAGAAUUCUGUGGGGGUAUUGAUUGUGCAGCAGAUGAAGUAUUGGAAAAGAUUAAGAUUGGUGAGGCAUUUGAGUAUAAACCAGAAUAUGAUUUGAUUAGCUUUAUUUGUAGCAUUUAUAUUAUGUUACAUGCACCAGAAGAUUUUCACUGUCUUUCAUUUGACAAUGAAAACCUUGAGGGUUAUGCAGGAAAUCUUGCUGAUUUUUGGUGUUCCCAUUCUGUAUCAGAAUUGUGGAAGAGAAUGCAUAGAAUGGCUUAUGAAUUAGAUUAUCAAGGACUGAUUGAUUCACUGGAGCAACUAUUUUAG